AUGCCCUGGCAGCCUCUCCCCCGGAUCGCCUUCGCCGUCGCGACCUACCCUUUCACAGCCGCGAGCCCGGCCGAUCUGCCGCUCGAAAUUGGCGAUGAGCUUUAUAUAAUCGAAGAGACGCCGGACGGCCACUGGCUGCGCGGCUACCUCGUGGCGCCUCCCAGUCUGCUUGCUGGUCUGACAUCGGUCAAGGGACAGACGCUGGAAGCUCGCGUCUUCAGCGGCAUCUUCCCGAGAAGCUGUGUGGAGGUUCGAGAGCUGCUUGGCGAAACAGAUGAACGACACGAUGAAGAUUUUGCGAGCGAUAGCGGCAUUGAUGAUCGCCCCGGUAGCGAUUCUGCCAAGAGUGGCAUAGAGUCCAAAGGCCAGGACAGGACGGCGGAUUCGAGCCAGUGGAAGAAGACUUUGCGAGACCUCACAGGCGACGCGGCUAAGAACCUCUCAGUCCCGGUUCGCAGAGAUCCCAAUGCGCCUCGGCCCCCAGCGCCUGUUCCGAUGCUCAAGAUUGGUGACGAGACGCCAACCUCGGUAGAUGAGCCACUGGUUGAUGAAAUCGCGUCCUGCUUGCGAGAAUGGCACUCCAAAUACCUACACGAACUGCUCCUUUCCCGACAGUAUGCAAAGCUUGAAAAAUUAUCACAGCUCGUGAACUCCUUGAAUCUCCACCGCCAGCAGUUUCUCUACAAUGUUCUUACCGCGCACGAAUACGAGCGACUGCGAGAGAAGACGGUCUGGGACCUCGUCACAGUCAACAAGCUGUGUGGUGGUGAGGUGGUUGUGCGAGAUCCGGCAGCGCGCGGCAGAGUUCUGACAGCAGAUGACUCUGUUGUCGACGUUACCAAGCUCCAGUCGGUUAUGAGCCUGCUAGACGAGCCUCCCCAAACCACAGUCGAGCAGGCGAGUUUGAAUCACAUCUUGCUGGACGUCAAAGGCUUUGCGGGAAGCUCCACCGAGGAGACAACGAUUGUGGCCUACCUUGUCAGCAAACCGCAAUAUGCAAAGGGAUCCAACCUCUCCGAGUGUUUCAGCAUUGAGAUCCCCGCUGGCGGCUCAAUCAGCGGUCUUGCACAAAGCGCAAGCACCAAAACGCUGUUCAUGGAUCUCUCCGCUCAUGACAUUGGCGAUGCCCCGUCCGCUGACUCCGAGCUGUACCUUGUUGUGAAGGUGUUGGCAUCACAGCACAUCUUUAUUCCCCAACCUUUAUCUCGAUCUGGUACCGACAGCAGUUUUACGAGAGAAAACGUAAAAACGCCGCCAGCAAGCUCAGGAAAGGCUUCUAGGAGAAGCAUGAUGUGGGGGAGUAAAAGCGGGCGAACGGCCUUUUCCCGAGGAAACGCAAUGAACAAAAUGGAUUCCGUAUCCGAGCAGCAGGAGGGGAGACCUUCUACGACUCGUCUGGACAGCCAAGACGGGAGCAGCCAUCCGCCAAGUACUGCCGGAUCCAAAAGUACUUCGGCAGCGAGUCUUCAUGAAUCAGGACAGAUUGUUGAGCGUACCGUUGGCGUUGGAGUUCUGAAGCUCAAUUCCAUCAUGAAGCAAACAGAAGAGGUUGAGCAGGUCGUCAACAUCUGGUCGCCGUCGCUCGGCUACUCCCAGACCGAUAGGGAAGCUGCCGAAGAGUUUGAUCCCUUGAUUCGGGAGCUGAUCACCAGUACUUCCGGCCAAUAUGAAAAGUCAAGGAGCGGCGAGCGGCUACAGGUUUCUCUUAGGAAAUUCCAUCAUCCGGACGCGGAUGGGCUGAUCAAGGCCACACCCACCAUCUUGUCUGGUGUCUCAAAGACGAGCAGAAUCGGCUUUGCUGCCGCACCAACCAAGUCAAGAUCAGACAUAUAUCUCACGCUCAACAUUGCCGCCCUGGCAAAGCAACAUCUCAUUUCGAGAUAUGCAGGCAGUGCAAUAAAUCUGCCCAGCACAGUCAACGGAUCGAACUUGCAGCUUACUCUAGAGAUUCGCCAGUCCUCUGGUGAACGAUUUGAGAGAUGCAUCUUUACAUCUUCCAAUACCGAGGCGCUGACCACGUUUAAGUCUUGUGCUGUGGAAAGAGGCGAGGCUUGGAAUCAGACGCUCCGCUUGUCGCUGCAGCCAAGCGACGUAAUGAAUGCCCACGUGGUCAUGUUCUUGUCGGAUAUGCCAAACCCACCAUUUGCCGUUGCGCAUAUGCCCCUAUGGGAGGGCCAAGCCUUCAUUCGUGACGGGCCCCAUGGACUUUUGCUCUAUAAAAUAGACGAGUUCACCUCCACUGCGCAGGCAGGCCCCUCGGGUAAAGGUGGAUAUCUUUCCGUUCCUUGGGCACCGCGAGGCAAAGAUGGGUCAGUUGAGGUCACUGGGCCGCUUGCUGUGAUGCUGGUUGAUACCUACCUUUGCAGCACAAAGUUUUCUCAGGACAGAGUUAUCCUUGGGCUUUUGAAAUGGAAAGAUUUGCCCAAGGACGAAAUCCCCGCUAUUCUGAGACAGAUUAUCUUUGUCUCGGAGAUUGAGGUCGUGAAACUCCUCAGCGAUGUGCUAGAUGGGCUCUUUGGAAUCCUUGUGGAGCACUCUGGGAAUGACGAGUAUGAAGACUUAGUGUUUACGGCCAUGGUUAGGGUACUUGGAAUCGUACACGAUCGACGAUUCAACCUGAGUCCCUUGGUUGACCAUUAUGCGGAAACCCAGUUCAACUAUCCCUUUGCUACCCCUUGUCUGAUACGGUCUUUCACCCGGCUUCUCAAACGUCCCACGGAGCCCGAGACAGCUCGCAAGCUGCGCGCGACUUUUAAAGUCGUCAGACACAUUCUGAAAUUCAUCACGCAAUCCCGAGGUCAACAAAAAGUAAAGGAAGCGGGGAUAGGAAUCAAAUCCUCUACCCAGGGGUUUACUAGGAGCCUCCGAAGCAUUUUCAAAGCACUUGACGCAAUGAUGCGAAACUCGGCACCAGCACUUGUUGGUAGUCAAACGCUGGCGGUGCAGCACUUCCACACUUGGCUGCCAGAGCUGACAGGUCUCUUGACGACGGAAGAGAUUCUGCACAUUGCCAUUGAUUUCAUGGAUUCGUGCAAAGAGGUCAAGGGCAAGCUUAUCAUUUACAAGCUGUGCCUUAUUAUCAACUAUUCUAAGCUAGAUAUAUUUGCUCAUCCGGAGCAGAAGUCUGCGCUUAGUGCCAACACUGUGCGAUGGAUCUCUCCUCACUGGGGUCAUACUGAAGAGGUCAAUGAUCAGUGGCGAGAGCAAAUUCGAUUGUGUUGUUCUAUCCUCGCUAGUCAGAUCGAACAUCUGGGCCCAGAAAUCCCUGAUCAUAUCCCCAACAUUGUCGAUUCGUACCUAGCGAUUCUCGCUUCCCCGCAGAAACCUAGAAACAAGCUCUCGCUUUUGUUUCCUUCAUCAUAUCCCUUCCCUACAAAGCCCAUAGCUGAAGAGAUAUCCUUUGAUGAAUCUCUAGCUGAAUUGUCUGCGGUGCUGUCUGCCCUAGCGAACUCACCUUCGGGCAUGCAACUGGAACUAGCUUCUGAGGAUGACUUGACAACCCUUUUGGAGAAUCUGCUCAAAGUACAAAUGAGUAUUUUGACUGGCGAAGCAUUCCCGAAUGGAUGGCUAAGUGUGCUCAUCUAUCACCACAAGUCGACGAUGCGGAUCUUGCAGUACCUGGCUAGUAUUCUUCUAGAAUCUUGUCUACCCGAUCCUGAUGAAGCAGAAUCGUUCAAUACCGAGCUUUGGAAGCUGUUCUUCACAACACUAUUGAAGCUUGUGGGAAGCUCCUCACUUGCUCUGGAGACAUUCCCCGAGCAGAAGAGAAGAGCAGUGUGGAAGAUUGCUGGUGAUGUACGGGAGCACGGAGCUGAUCUUUUACGAAGGAUGUGGGAGGCUAUCGGCUGGGAAACUACAUCUGAGGAGCGUGAAAAGUACGGACUCAGCAAUAUUGGUGGAUACCAAGUACAAUACGUCCCAACUCUGGUUGGCCCUAUCGUAGAGCUCUGUUUGAGUGUCCACGAAGGCCUCCGUAGGAUGGCGGUUGAAGUUCUACAGACCAUGAUUGUGAGCGAGUGGACCUUGAGUGAGGACCUAUCUGUGAUUCAGACAGAACUCAUUGACUCAUUGGACACUUACUUCAAAUCGAACCCGCUCACAGAGAGCAUCCUCCAGAAACUGUUUAUCGCAGAACUGCUUGAACGGUUCCAGCCUCUCUCAGAGGUUGCAGAAGAGCCUCUCUACGCGGCUGUGCGUGAGCUUGUUGGUACCUUGGAUGAGUUCCUCGAUUUGCUAGUGGCCGUGCACAGUGGUGGUGAUGGUAGCGGUGAAGCCUCUAACAUUAUUAACCGACUUCGACUCAUGGAGUUCCUGCGUGACAUGCAGAAGGAGGACAUUUUCAUUCGUUAUGUCCACCAGCUGGCGAAGUUGCAGGCCGAGUCUAGGAAUCACACAGAGGCUGGUCUAGCGCUUCGCCUUCAUGCGGAUCUCUAUGAAUGGGACCCGAUUGGACAUGUUCCAGCACUGGCUGAACCGCAGUUUCCAGCGCAGUCUCCAUUUGAGCGCAAAGAGAGAAUCUAUUUCGAGAUGAUCAAGCAUUUCGAGGAUGGAGAAUCUUGGAGCAACGCUCUGACUGCGUAUAAGGAGCUCCAGGUUCAGUAUGAAACCAACGUGUACGAUUUUGCCAAGCUAGCCAGAACUGGACGGGCGAUCGCAACGAUAUACGAGAGCAUCUCGAAGAGCGAAAAAAUUACACCAAAAUACUACAGAGUGGUCUUCAAGGGUCUUGGAUUCCCUACUUCUGUGCGGGACAAGGAGUUUGUAUAUGAGGGAUCGCCAUCUGAACGUGCCUCGGCCUUCACAGACCGCAUGCAAGAGCAAUAUCCAUCGGCCCAGAUUAUCACCGGCGGUGACGUUGAUGAGAUGGAAGGCCAGUUUUUGGUUGUUUCGGCUCUUACGCCACACCGAGACCUCUCCCAUCAAGUUUACCAAAGAGUUCGGGUACCGCAUAUAGUCCGGGACUUUUUACUAUCUUCCCAUCCUCAAGUCUUCUCCGUGACAACCAAGAGGAACACUUCUGGACCAGUGCAAGAGCAUUACGCAGAGAAAUUGGUUUUCACGGCUGCUGAGCCUUUCCCCACCCUCCUGCGCCGGAGUGAGAUCAUCGAAACUCGCGAAGUUAGGCUUACUGCCCAGGAAACCGCCUUGGAACGCAUUUCUAGAAAGACACAGGAGAUGACCACACUGGAACGCCGAUUAGCUGACGGCGAUGACUUGGUUGCUCAGCAGCUAAUUGAAGCUGUCAACGUUUCUGUCAGUCCAGUUUCUGAGAAUAGCGUUGUCCAGUACCGCAAACUGCUCCCCGAACGAACAAGUAGCGAAGAGGACACAGAUGGGGAUGAUGAUGAGGAAGGAGAUGACGAGGUCGAACUUGAUCCCCAAGAAACUGCAAUCAAAAUGACUCUGGUGGAUCAUGCCAUGAUGCUCAAGAGAUGCUUGACACUCUUUUCACGGAACAAGAACGAAGCCAUUUCCCGGAGAUAUUCGGAGCUUCAAGGCUAUUUUGAGGCAACCUUUGCACCGGAAAUUGUUUUAUUCGCACCCCGGCAGCCAGUGCUGCAACCUGUUUCAACGCCGUCCCCUACAUGGAGAGGAUCAACACCAGGCGGCGAUAAGGGCCCGCAGUGGACAAGCAUAGCUGUUCCGGUGAACGGGGUGAAAGCUGAGGAAGCAACGGUAAUUCGGCAAAUCACUCCCCGGCAACGUGGCGCGCGGUUGAGUUUCUUGGGAGGCCGAAAGAAGGAAUUAGAUGGCAGCGAGACCACCGAUCAAGCCAACGGCAACGCAGGCGAUACGAAGGCACAUGUGCGCGGCCUCAGCAAGGACAAUGCUCCCCACAACCUGUCCCAAACUCAGAGCAUUGAUAAUGCCCACCAAGACACUGACCGACCAUCUAUGGAUGAGCCUGAAACCAAGAAGAAACAGAGCGUGAGGAAGAGGUUCAGCCUGCUUAAACUUGGCAUGAAGCAUAACAAGGCUGGAGGCGCAAUGGGAAGCCUCGAUGAGGAACAAUAA